UUUUGAUGUUGAAGGAAUGAAAUGAAUUUUAGUGUAUGUCUAUGUUUACGAACUUGAAUAUCAACGUUCUUUGUGGAAUUAUUUAAAAAAGCAAUGGUACACAAUUGUUGUAUCAGAACUUGUGAAGCAAAAGCCAGUCCAGGAUCUGCAAUCACUUUUCACAGUUUUCCGAAAGAUGAAUGUCGAAGGAAGCAGUGGAUGUCCCUAAUUCCUGGCAAAGCUAUAAAAGUUACUGAUCACACUAAAAUUUGCUCAAAACACUUUUCGCCUGAAUUCUUCGAUCGUGAAAAAUUUGGUGGCACAUGGCUUAAAAAAGAUGCAGUGCCCACUAUAUUCAAUAUUCCAAAAACAGGGAGGACAGGAAAAAUUGAAAGAGAAGUCCUGGUUAGAGAAACACCAGAGUUGCUCUCAAACAAUAAAGCUGAUGAACGAAAACACUACUUAGGAGACUUUAAAGAGUGUGACAUGGAGUCUCCAACCAAGGCAAAAAAGUUUUUUACAAUUGCAACAUUGCACGAAAAAAAACGUGCCAGAAUGAUCAGGACAUUGAAGCAAAAAAGCAAACGAUUGCAGGAGCGAGUUUGCUCUUUGGAAGAGAGUUUGAAGACAAUGCAAAAAAAGGCUUUAGUAAUUACUCAGUCAGCAAGUGAUAUACAAGAUAUAGAGGCAAGUGAUAUAGAGAUGUCUGAUGAUGAUGAUGAUUACAUGUCAAGUGCAUUUUUAAAUGUGACGGAAGAUAUUAGGCCUGGCUUAACUUUUACAAAGAGUGCGAAAAGAAAACACGAAAUUGAAAAGAAGAGAGUAGAGAGUAAUAAAUUGCACAGAACAAAGUCCAGAAAACAAAUUGAAGAAGAGAAUAGGAACAUUGGUUUAGACUCGGCGCUUAAUUCAGACAAUAAAGGCUUUGCUUUGCUUCAAAAAAUGGGUUAUAAACCAGGCAUGAAGUUGGGGCCUGAAAACAAAUCGAAUCCAAAUGCAGGACUAAUUGAGCCGAUUAAAGUUGAAGUUAAGGAAGGAAGAGGAGGCCUCGGUAGGGAAUCCGAAAUUCGAAAGAGGAUUGAACGGAGGGAAGAGAGGAAAGUGAAGAUGAAAGUUUACAAAGAAAAGGAGACAGAAAAACUUACGGAGGAAUUUCGGGAGAGGAUGCGUAGUAAAGUUAUGUAUAAAAACUUAAUGGGCGACUUGAAGAGAGGGCAAAAAGUCUGCGAACAGUUGGAUACUGAGAGUGGCAUUCAGGAACCAAUGAGAGCGUGGUUUUGGUUCACACAGGAGAAGGAUGAUGAUGAAGAGGAAUAUGAAGACGAGGAGGAGGAAGAGGAAGAAAUAGAUGCAGAAGAGCAGCUUGAAUUCAUUUUAGAUUAUUUGAGGUCAAAAUAUUUUUAUUGUUUGUGGUGUGGUAUAAAAUAUGAUUCAGAAGAUGACAUUUCAAGUAACUGUCCUGGCGUCGAGAAAGUUGAUCAUGAUGAAUGAAUGAACUCAUCCUAUAAAUUGUAGGAAAUAGCUUUGUUAUGCAGUUUCUGUUUUCAUGUUAUUUUGAAAUGAUCUAUGAAACUUUUUGUUUUGUGCAUCAAUUCACUUAUAAGAUAUUUUGUAUGAAACAA